AUCGAAGUGCUGACUCGCACAAGCCUGACCUUUUUCACUGUUCACUCCUGUCGAUGAUCAGAUAUCAUGGGACCAUUGUUCCACAUGGUCAAUUUUAUAAGCAUCACAGACCUCAGAAUCGUCAUUGAGAAUAGUGAAAGGGAUCCUCUGUGAACAAGUGCAUUCCACUCGCUGAACUGAAGACAAAUUCUCUACUGAAGUCAAAAUAAAUUUGUUGAAAUGUUCAAAGUUAAAGGUGCCUUACUCAACCUCCAAAGCCAUCAGUGGAAAUCAAAAGUGUGUCUCACAGCCAAAAAAUGGUAUCACAGCCAAAAAACUGGUUCUCACUCAGGAAGGAAUAGGCUACGACUCUCUGUUUUAUGGACGCUAGGAGGUGGGGUAGCGGUUGCCACUGGACUAGUUGCAAGUCUAUUUUUGAAGCAUAAACCUAUUAAGGAACUCAGCAUCCUUGGAGUCGAAGAGGCACAAUGCAAAAAGAAAGACAAGAAAGAUAAAAGGAAGAGAGGCGGGACUUCUGGUCUGGAGGAGGCAAAGAGGAAAGCAAGAGAUUUGCUCCAGAGAGCUAAGGAUGAGGUUGGGUCACCUGGUAUUGUUGCUGCUGUAAGUGUUGACGGGAGAAUUUUAUGGACGAAAGGGCUAGGAUAUGCAGAUGUAGAGAACCGGCUCCCGUGUACAAGCAACAGUGUUCAUCGCAUUGCAAGCAUCAGCAAAUCUUUCACGAUGGCAGCUGUAGCUAAACUCUGGGAAGAAGGAAAGCUAGAUAUUGACAAACCUGUUCAGUUUUAUUUACCUGAGUUCCCUGAGAAAGAGGUUGAUGGAGAGCAGGUUGACAUCACAAUGAGACAACUGGUGUCCCACCUAGCCGGUAUCCGACACUACAGUAAAGACUACAUCAAGAAGCUGAAAGACUCGAAGAAAGACAAUAGAACUGAGAAUAAAUUCACUGACCACGAGCAUGAUGGGAAAAACUCUUCCAAAGAUGAUCAGAUGAAAGAACUGACUGACAAUGGAAAGGAAAAAUGCAACAAGAAAGAGAAAGAUUCUGAACUGAAAGAGUUUUACGUCACGAAGGAUUACUCCUCAGUUGUAGACGCUCUGGAGAUGUUUAAGGAGGACCCGUUGAUGCAUAAACCAGGAAGUAAGUUUUACUACACCACUCACGGCUGGACUUUAGUUAGUGCCAUAGUCGAUGCCGUCGCUGACCAAGACUACCUCACCUACAUGGAGACGAUCUUCAAGGAUCUCGGAAUGUACCACACCGUCCCAGACAAAGCCAAACCUCUCAUCUACAACAGGGCCAGGGGUUACUCAUACAAUAAGAGAGGCAAAUUGCUCAACUCGCCACCCGUCAAUUUAUCGCAUAAGUGGGCGGGAGGCGGAUUUUUAUCUGAUGUUGGGGACUUGGUUCAGUUUGGAAACGCCAUGGUGUAUAGUUAUCAGUACACAGAGAAGCAUAGAGAAGCUGGACAUCUACCAGGCUACCUCAAACCAGAGACUGUGAGGGCAAUCUGGGCCGCAGUGCCCAUCACCAAGUGCAGCUGGGAGCGUGACGGUUUCUACGCCAUGGGUUGGGGGGUACGUGACAAAGGGGAACAGAAAGGCUUCUGCCCCGACAAACACCAACUUGUGUCUCACACUGGGGCCGCUGUUGGGGCAAGUUCCGUACUGCUCCUUGUACCCAGGAAAUCAGAUCCGUUGGACAAGACUCAACUGAAUGAUGGGUCACAAGAGGGCGGUGUUCAAGAGGAUGGGCAACCAGAUGAUCAAAACGAAUCCAAUAAGCUGUCACAAAAUGAUGUUAUGACUUUGCCUCAGGGAGUGGUCGUUGCAAUAAUUGUCAAUCUUGAAAAUGUGAAUCUGUAUAGAACUGCCAUUGACAUAGCCAAUGAAUUUCAAAAGAUUAAGCUUUGACAAGAAAGAGGGGAUUGUAAUCUAUAGUAGGUUGGUUCUGGUUUUGGGGUAUGCAUGAGUAAUAGCUAGAUUGACGACAAAACU